AUGAGACCCUCGAUGCGUCCCGCGCUCGUGUGCCGCGUCGCGGUCCGGCUGUCCGUCGCGCCCGGCGUCAAGACGGCCGGCCCGGCGAUGGCGGCGCGACGAACCUUUCUCACCACCACGAUACGCCUCUCACAGCCAUCGUCGUCGUCCGCGCGCAAGGACUCCAAGGUUCUCGGCACCGCCGACGAGGCCGUCGCCGAUGUCCGUAGCGGCUCCGUCCUCCUAAGCUCCGGGUUUGGCCUGUGCGGCGUCGCCGAGACGCUCAUCCAGGCGCUGCACCGGCGCGGCGUCGACGAGCUCCACUCGCUCACGGCCGUGUCCAACAACGCCGGCAUGGAGGGGCUCGGCGGCCUGUCGAGCCUCACAAAGGCCGGUCAGGUCAACCGCCUGAUCCUGUCGUACCUGGGCAACAACAAGGCCCUCGAGCGCAAGUACCUGACGGGCGAGCUGGCCGUCGAGCUGUGCCCGCAGGGCACGCUGGCGGAGCGGCUGCGCGCGGGCGGCGCGGGCAUCCCGGCGUUUUUCACCCCGACGGGCGCGCACACGCUCCUCCAGGACGGCGACAUCCCCACGCGGCUGGGCCCCAACGGCACCGUCCUCGAAAAGGGCAAGCCGCGCGAGACGCGCGAGUUCGACGGCCGGGCGUACCUCCUCGAGCGGGCGCUGACGGGCGACGUCGCGAUUCUGCGCGCCUGGAAGGUCGACCGCGCGGGCAACUGCGUCUUCCGAUACACGACCAAGGCAUUCGGCCCGCUCAUGGCCAAGGCCGCCAAGCUCACCAUCGUCGAGGCCGAAAACAUCGUCGAGGUCGGCGAGAUCCACCCCAACGCCGUCGACCUGCCGGGCAUCUUCGUCGACCGCGUCGUGCCCGCCACGGCGGACAAGCAGAUUGAGGUGCUCAAGCUGCGCGACCCCGCCAACGAUGGGAAGAAGCCCGUUGCGGGCACGGCCAAGGAUGAGGCGCAGGAACGGCGCAACCGCAUCGGCCGGCGCGCGUCGCAGGAGCUCAAGCAGGGCUACUACGUCAACCUGGGCGUCGGCAUCCCCACGCUGGCCGCGACCUUCAUCCCCGAGGGCCGCACCGUCUGGAUCCAGUCCGAGAACGGCAUCCUGGGCAUGGGCCCGUACCCGACGCGCGACGAGGUCGACGCGGACAUCGUCAACGCGGGCAAGGAGACGGUGACGCUGGUGCCGGGCGCGUCGUGCUUUGACUCGAGCGAGUCGUUUGGCAUGAUUCGCGGCGGGCACGUCGACGUGUCGAUUCUGGGUGCCCUCCAGGUCAGCGCCGCGGGCGACCUCGCCAACUUCAUGAUCCCCGGCAAGGUCUUCAAGGGCAUGGGCGGCGCCAUGGACCUCGUCGCCAACCCGGACAACACCAAGAUUGUCGUCGCGACCGAGCACGUGGCCAAGAACGGCUCGAGCAAGAUUGUGCAGCAGUGCGCCCUGCCGCUGACGGGCGCGCGCUGCGUCAGCACCAUCAUUACCGAUCUCUGCGUCUUCCAGGUCGACCGCCAGAACGGCGGCCUCACGCUGACGGAGCUGGCGCCGGGCGUCGACGUCGACGAGGUGCGGAGCAAGACCGAGGCCGACUUCAAGGUCGCCGACGAUAUCAAGACGAUGGAGUGA